GUUACUCGAGUUGGUCGGGCUACGCCUUCAUGGGCGCGGAGGACGACCCUACAUUCCUGGAGAACGUGCAGUUGACGAAGCUCGAGAUGACGGCCGACUGCGUCGAAAGUGUGACGGCUGAUACCUGUGCCGCUGGUUUGGCCUCGGAUCCGGUUGACUGGCGCUCGACAGGCACGUGGGCGACCUUCUCCAUCGAGGAGUGGGUUGGUCUGGUCAGUGGGAAGACG